GUCUGUCUGCUCAGGAACUGACAGUUCACCAGGACCUGACUGAACUGCAAUGUACGCGGUGCAAAAACUUCGGUCUCAGUGGAUGAGAUGCGAGCUCAGUGUCCAGCUCCCUGAUGGUCAGAGGAUGGUCACAGUUAGAGUGAGACCAAAUGACACCAUAAAGCGUCUCCGUCUCUACCUAGUGAGACAAGGAGUCACAUCUUGGAAGAUGGAUUUCACCUAUAAAGGUCAGCAACUUGGAGAAAAUGAGACGCUGGAAGAGAAUAACAUCGCAACAGGGGCGGUGCUUGUAUUAGCGAAGAAGGAUGGAAUGAGUUUAAACCUGAGUUUAAACCUUACUCUAGACUGUCCUGGCCUGUGGAGACUGAAACUCUGACUGUGAAUACCAGCUUGAAAUCCAGUGGGAUUCUUAUCUUCAGUGGGUGUAAAUGCUCCUGCCUUAGAUUGUAUCGAAAAUGCCACCACUAUUAUAGCACUAACCUCACUGAUGCCUGGAAUAGCGGUGGAUACAGCCCUCGAAGGAGUCUUUAUGUCGCAGUCUGCCACAUUAAUCAGUCUGUGAAAUCAUCCAUUAGUUUCAAUUGUUCUCCAAGGGAAGGUUGUAAAGUUAUGAAAAGACGAUGCCUUCUUUGAGAACAGACUGUGGAAUAAUUUUCCAACCUGAGGGAAGUCUUAUUUGUUUAUGAGUGGUGAUCAGUUGAGAGUUCUUCUCAAUGGUCAAUUGGCUGUUGCAGGCUGACUUUGAAUGAAGUGUCUCCAGGACCAGAGUCACUCGCUGGAGAGUGGUGCUG